AUGCUCAUCUUCGUCGCGACAAUGCUCGACAAGUCUCAGGAACCAUUGCUCAUCUUCUCGGACGCAGCGAAAGAACAGUGCAAGAAGUUUGGUCAACCUAUAUUCGCGCCAAAGCUGUUGUUGCUGUCCUUCCACCCUCAAACACACAACAACCCUGACACGUGUCCGCACUGUCGCCAAGGACGUUAUGUAGCAGGAGUAAUCCAGUGCAACACCCAGGACCGCGGAAGCUCAGCAAGUUGCCUCAGAAUUGUCCAAAUCUACUUGGAGAAGCUCGGCUUCAAACGCGGCAAGCGUCGUGACAAAGCCACGUACAGUGUCUCUAGUGCAUAUGCUGCUGCCCAGGACAUUUACGUACAAAAGAUGAACAAUCUCGACGCGAACACACCGGUGGUAUAUAUGGACGAAAGUUACAUUCACCAUCACUACACGCGCCACCAAGACAGCCUAUUCGACCCCACGGACGACGCUCCUCUCAAGGAGAAACAAAAAGGUCGCCGCAUGUAUUUCAUUGCAGGCAUUAUGGCUGGUAGGGCAAGUGGGGCAGAUUCGACGGUCGUCGCGCUAGACAUAUUCGAGGGUGGGAAAAAGUCCAAAGACGAUCCAAAGGACUACCAUACAAUGUUUAAUCACACGUACUUCCUGAAGUGGCUGGAGCGCGCAAUGGACUGUGUCGAGGCGCUAGGAUAG